GGAUUUCGCGCGAUCAAGGAGAGAGGGAUGGUGGAACUGUCAGUGCUACAUCGGUUCUCUUCACGUAAGGACGAGCCACAAGGGAUCACCUGCGUAUCACAUCUCGUCGGGACACCCUUUCUGAGCAAGAAAUACGGAGCAUCACCCGUCGAGUGGUCGCAGAACGAUCGGCGUUUAAUCAACCAUGACAGCACCACAGGCCUCUUCUCGUCUCGAAUUGCUGCAGGCCCGGUUCCAGCAGAAGCAGCUGCAGGAGAAGGAACAGAAGUUGCUGCAGCUUUACGAUCAGCAACAGCAACGGGCUUAUCAAGUGGUGCAACGUGGCAGCGCCAACUCAAAUGGCUCAAAUUAUGGCUCCUCCGUCAGCCAGCACAGCGUCACAAAGACCUCGACCAGCAACCACACAACCUCGACCUCGCAAGGUGGAAAGGUAAGGCAGAUGUUCGACGAGAGGCGACAGACGACCGUGAAAGGCAUUGAUAGAAGCUACCCAUUGGAGCCGUUGGAGAACAAACCACGGAAGCAGGCGAACGGAAACGGGCCGCAGAGGAACGGAAAUUCGACGGUGAACCGACAUUCGAUGACUGUGAAACGGGUAGCCAGGGCCGACGUGAACAGCAAUUUGAACGGCGGCAAACCGAUCGUCUCCUAUCACGAGGAGAUAACUCGAGAAUCGUUCGGCCCGUCUGGACACCAGCAGCAGCCAGACGAUGACGAGUUCGGAAACGAAAACCACGUUGCACAGUAUGCAAAUGGAAAUCAUCGGGACGAGAUACAUAUCGAGGAAGUCCUGGACGAAGACACAAUAGAGAGAAACCGCAUGAUGGCAAAGCUCCACUUAAUGGAAUACGACGAAACGCUGAAGCAUCACAUUAAAAACGACCUCGAAAGCGAGGAGUUCCCAGAAGAUUUCAUGGUGGAUGUUCCUGACAAGCUUCCGAAACAAAGUGUUUCCAAGAAAUUAUCACAGGCAGAGGCAAGGCUGGAGCGUUUCAGAAACGCAAACGCGAAACGCAGCAACAACGCUGCGAAAAACAUAAGUACGACCAGCGUUCCGAAGAAACGAUCCGAUCCAAUUUUUCCGGCUAAGUCAACUUCUAGCAGAAGUAAGACCGAUAUGGGAUCUAGUGUCAGAAAAAGCAGCGUUAAUAAUAACGAAACUAGAAAAGCAUCGAGGACCUCUGAAAAUGUGAGAGGAAGUCUGUUAUCUUCGGGUUCUCAUAGAACUGUGAGGAAAAGCAAUUACAGCCCCGAAUUUUAUUGUAAAGAGUCGGAAAAAUCGGUAACUACUUAUGCGAUUGAUCCGAAAGCUGCUGGAAAAUCAUCGCCUGAUUUUUUGAAAGAGAAAAGAUCUCGAAGCGAAAGCCCAGAAUUUUAUUGUAAAGCAUCUGAGAAGUUGGCAACCGCUUAUGCAACUGAUACGGAAGCUACUGGAAAGUCAUCGCCUGAUUUUUUGAAAGAGAAAAGAUCUCGAAACGGAAGCCCAGAAUUUUAUUGUAAAGAGUCGAAAAAGUCAGCAACUACUUACGCAAUUGAUUCAGUGGGUGUUGGAAGAUCAUCACCUGAUUUUUUGGAAGAGGAAAGAUCUCGGAGUGGAAGUCCAAAAUUCUUUUGCAAAGAAUCUAAAAAGUCGACAACAACUUAUGCAAUUGAUUCAAAAGUUACCGGAAGAUCAUCACCUGAUUUUUCAAAAGAAAGAUCAGGAAGUGGAAGCCCAAAAUUCUUUUGCAAUGAAUCUGAAAAGUCAGCAACAACUUACGCGAUUGAUUCAAAAACCAAUAAGAAAUUAACGACAGAUCUAUCAAAAAAUCUAAAUCGUUCUGUGAUAAAAAUAGAACCCGAUAGUGAAUAUAUAAAAAGAAGAUCUACCAAAACAUCUGUAAUCGGAGAUGAUACUGUAGACAGGUAUGCUAAGUCCACCGAACUUGAUAAAAUUAGAAGAAUUUUUUCUUCGUCGGAUAAUGUAACGGAUUAUACAACAAUUCAUUCAACAAUUGAUGACAAAAUUGAUUCAAGACCGGUACGUGAAACGACCAACGUUUUCAAGAGAUUAUCAAGGGGCCGAGGUGCGAGUCCUUAUUAUCUACAUCAAGAAUACAAAAAGUCAGCACCAAUAACAGCAAUAAAUAUUAAAAACCGUGAUUUCGUAUCAAAAUCACCAAAUACAAUGGAGAAAAUUCCGAAAAAUCACGAAGGUUCUUCGCUUCAUCGUAUCAAAUACUCAAACAGUAGAUCUACCACUGCGAAAUCACCAGACUUUGCAAAAGCAAGUUUAAGAAAAUCCAAUACAAGUCCUCAAUUUUCCUCCGACAGAUCUGCUACUAUCAUGUUUGUAACGCCAGAAACAAUAACAAAAACAAGAACAGGAUACGCAAAAAAUGGAAAAAAGGAACGAAGUUUAACUUCUUCUGUUAGGAAGACAGACAUGAACAUCGCAAAUAGAAUCUUUAAUUCGAACAAAAAAAUAUCCACAGAAGACGUCGACGAAAAUCCCAAAUACAGCAUAAGGAAUUCAGUAUCGCGAUACUUUUCUGAACAAUGUGAGAAAGCUUCCAGAGACAAGGAGACCGAUACAAUGCAAAAUAUUCGAAAGUCUCCAACUGACAAAAGUCCUGAUGUGUCUCGUGAUUCGUCUCCAGUAUCAUUGAAACAUAUGAAAUUACCAAGCCCAGUAAAUAAAAGUCCACAACCUUAUCGUAAACUACCUGGUGAUUUUGCUACAACAACGGAUGUAGAUAUGAGCAGAAGUACAACUCCGGAAUUUUUUUGUUAUGAAACAGAAAAAUUGGCCACAACUGUAAGCCUAAAACCUAAACCUUUGAAAGAUUCAAAAGGCUAUUCCAGAAGUCCUCCACCUGCGAGUGUACGGUCUGAAAGCAGAUCAUCAAAGAGUUCUGACACCUUUAUUUCAACUAAAAAUGUAACUAUUGAUACUAGCAGAAGUAACAGUCCAGCAUUAUCACGAGGAAUGACGUACAGUGGUAGAGCAAGUCCAGGAUUAUCUUCUUCUGAAAAAGAUAAAUCAGCCAUGACCAUAAGUUCAGAACGUAAGUAUACGAAAGACUUGCACAAACAUUCCAAAAGUCUUCUAUCUACAAAUGUUCACCCUAGAAGUAAAUCACCGAGAAAUUCUGAUGUGUUUGCUUCAACUAGAGAUUCAGGAAUAAUUGGUAAUAAUAGAAAAAUCAAUCAUAAUUCAUCAAGGCUACAAAAAGACACAUACAACAGAAAAUCUCCAGAGUUUUUUUGUUACGAAACGGAAAAAUCAGCCACCACUGUGAGCCUGAAACCUAAGCCUUUGAAAGAAUCAAGAAACUGUUCCAGAAGUCCUCAAUUUACAAUUCGAUGUGAAAGUAGAUCAUCGAAAAAUCCCGAUGUCUUUACAUUAACUAAAGACAAAAAACAAACUGGUAGCGCUGAUAGAAUCAAUCGCUUAUCAUUAAGCCCAGAGAAAGACGCGCUCAGCAGAAAUGGAACUCCAGAGUUCUUUUGUUACGAAACAGAAAAAUCAGCGAUGUCCGUUAGCUUAAAACCCAAGACCGCGAAGAUUCCCUUUUACGAACGUUCUAAAAGCCCCCGGUUCUCAGAGGCCUACUUCAAAGGUAGAUCUUCUAAAAGCCCUGAGCAGUCCGUGAAAGACCCCAAAGGAACUGUCCGCAGAGGGUCCGGCAAUGUUCUGCGAUCGACAAGAUUGAUUCGGGAUAUCAUAAAGCAUCAAAAAAAUAAAAACUCCAGUUCAUGGAAAGACACGGAUGUACCCAAGAAUAGGGGAGACAACAAAGACGUAGAAUGGAAACACCGAUCGAAGUACGAUACAGCGUUUAGGGUGACUAGAGAAGUUGGCAAGAGAGCAACGACGCCAUCCGAUCGAAGGUGCAAGCUUUCCACUGUUGAAACGAGUCCAAAAAGUUCCGCGUCCGCAGAGAUGAACUCGGAGACCCAAGAAAUCACUAUGACCGAUCAAUGCGUAAAAGGGAGAAGACUUCAGCAGGAACUUCGAAGCACUUACUCAAAAUUGUCCAAGAAAUCUGCGGGCUCCAGGAAACCGGAAAAAGGGUUCACGUAUUCCGUGAACAAGCUAAGCAAAAACAGAAGGUCUCUUCUUGACUCGGAUAUUUUCCAUUUAUCGAAAAAGGAUCAACGGACGGCGGGUUCACCUGGGAAAGGUACCAGCUUGAAGCGGAUGAGUCCUUCGCCAACGGGCGAAUUAGUUGUAGCGAUGGAAGAUACGCUAGAGGAAGAAAAUCCUAGCGGAAGUUUACGAUCCGGGGGGCAAACACUCUCGAGGCAGGCUCCGGCUUUGGGCUCCAUAGAACUGGUCCGGAAGGUCAUGAAGAGCGGGCCAAGAGUUUCCGAUAAGACUUUAAAAACACAGGAAGUUGAAGACGGUCCGCCAGGCGAAAUUCAAAGGUGGGGGAGUAAUUCCGUCGUAUCUGGGACGAGCGAGGUAAACGACGAAGGAUCAUCGAGCAAGAAUUAUGAGAGAACGGACUCAGUCGAGUCAGCACUCAGGCGCUUCGACUCUAUUGACACAGAAGCCGGCGCGGAGUCUGUUCAAAGUACUUUGGAGAGGGGCAAAGAAUCGGCAACAGAGAAAAGACAAACGCUGGAGGAAUCGGGAAUCGGAGGUCCGUCGAAUGAUUCGAGGGCGAUCUCUCUUAAAGCACUUGACGGGUCAGAUGUAAAUUUGCCGCGCGCUCCCGGAAACAAACCAUCAGGAAUGCGUUUAAAGAAAAUCUUGACGAAGGAAGCGUCGGAUGUUGAAGCUUCGGGGAGAGGAAAGGCCGCGAAACGGGAAGAAAUUCGACGUCAGGAAAGAAUCGCGAGGGUCGGAAACUCUGUCGAGAUCGUUGAGAUCGCCGCGAGGUCGAGACCGUUGGUGUGCAGGCUUUUCCAAGAUGUCAACUCGGUGGACGAUAUUGAAACUGGAAGCCCUAAAUCGAAGCGCGGAAAUUCCUCAGGACGCAUUCCGUUCGGGAAGAUAAGGUCGAAUAAAGAUGGGCUGGCCGAUUCCGUGAAAAACAAUGCGAAAUUCUUGAUGUCUUCGGGCGACGGGACGUCGAUAAAAAGGGCAAACAAAAGGGAACCGGGCGAGGCAUCAACAGGUACGUCCGACUCGGAUCGUUCUCUCUCGGUGAAACAACUGAGAUCGAUCGAGGACAUUCGGAAAUCUAUCGGGAGCAGUUCUUCCGAUUGCAGAGCGACGAGAGGGUCUAAAUCAGCGAUCGCGGGUAACGCUUUUAAAGGCUCGAACGCGGCUCGACUGCAAUCGCGUGUAUCGAGUGACAUUGCAUGCGUUAGAAACGAAAACGAGCUGUCCCUGGCAAAGCGACCAAAGAAUCAUAGCGCGAGAGACAACGCUUUAAAGGAUUCGGGACGCUUUGUAAAGUCUGCGACACGUUUCUCCAGGGUGGUGAAAAGUCCGAGUCUAGAUUCGACGAAGCUGACGGAAACUGGCAGCCGUAUACGGAGGAGCGUUCUUUCACCGCCAUCGAAAAGCCCGGAUACAGUGACGAGGCGCCCUUCCACAGACUUGAAAUCUUCAGAUAUAAAGUCGAUAAAACGGACAACACCUACGAAAGAAACCGAGCCAAUUGGAAACAAGAAGACGGUGACGACUACGACCACCGCUAUAAGAAAAUCGACGGAUGUCGUCGACGGUGCUGUUUUCGAAAAUGGUCUGCAUCUACAAGACCAAACUGCCGAAACGAAAUACGAUAACGACUCGCAGACAGCGAAAAAGUUUUCUGACAUCGACAACGAUGAGCAAGCAACGCUGAAGGAAAAUAAUGGACCACUUUCAAGGAAACCACUGUUAAGAAAAUCGUCUACUGAAAAACAGACACCCUCCACACAAACUGGUCGACCUCCUUCAUCAGUCUCAUCCACCUCUAACGGUAGUUUUAUGCAAGCUAGCACUUCCGGUCCUAAACUUAAAAUGACUUCGAAAGCAAAGACGUCCAGUUUCGCAACAAACUCAUCCAGAACAUCGGCUUCCUCAAAAAUUGGAUCCGCUUGUACCCCUGACCUGUUGGUUCCCUGUAAAAUAUGUGGACGUCGUUUCGCCCAAGAUCGCGUGGUCCUACACGAACAAAUCUGCACAAAAACAGGUCAAAAGAAGAGAAAGCUAUUCGAUUCGGUAAUGUACCGAGUAAAAGGUACCGAGCUAGAGAAAUUUGUCUUGAAAAAGGGAUCCUCUAAAAAGCAACCCGAGAAAUCAUCGGAGGUGAAGUCCAACUGGCGACGCAAACACGAAGACUUCAUCAACGCUAUACGCUCGGCUAAGCAGGUGCAAGCGCACCUGGCUGCGGGAGGCAAACUCAGCGACCUGCCACCACCUCCAGCCAGCGAUACCAGCGAUUACAUACAAUGUCCACAUUGCGGAAGAAAAUUUAACAAGGCCGCCGCCGAGCGUCACAUUCCCAAAUGCGAACACAUGCUGCACAACAAACCAAUACACUCCCGAGCACCGAAACCGAAACGUUAAUUUUCACUAGGGACCGAUCAUACUUCUCUAUGUUAAUCGAUCGAAAACAGAAUGGGCCGAAUAACUUCUCUUUUAAAAAAAUGCAUAAAUAAAUUGACAUGAAAACAAUAUCGAAAUUUGACUUUUCUAAUUAACGUCUAAUCGUUGCGAAAUUAAUAGGGAACAAACUUUUAAGACUCUUACGAGCUCAAGUAUCAUCACACCUUUUCUGUUCGCAGUCAACAGCAUUUUUACAUACGAAAGUACUUUGCUAAUUUCGGAACUUUCUUAUACAGUUUUAUAUACAAUUUCCUAUGCGGUAACUUCACAAAAUUAAAUGAAAUUUAAUCAGUGAAAUGUGUAUUAGACGAACGUAAAGUGGCAUGUGAAUUGUAAUUGCAGCUUUAGUCGAACCAUACGAGUUCGCCUGUAAACACUGGAGUAAAUGUAUUUUGUAAUCGGUUUACAAUGAAAUGUGAACUCUGUUUACGGAUUGUACAUAUGUACCGUAAAACAGACAUUUAAUAAAUUGAUACGACACUUCUUGAGUACCGUGCCGAUAAAGAGAAAUUAGGAAUAGUAUGCUUCUUCUUAUCGAAUAUGAUAAAUUAGUCUGUUACAUCGGCGAAUAUGAAAUGUCGGAUUUUUUAAAAUCGUUUAUCGUUAUAAUGUGCCUUAAACGAAUUUUAUUAAUCAAAGUCAAAUUAUCUGCGUUCCUUAAUGAAAGGAAAUUAUAUUUAUAGGUGUGUUACUAAGAUCCUCAAUUCUUUGAAGUAAAUUUAAUGAUUUGAUACUAAUAUUCAAAUGAUCUAUUAAUUUAACAUUUCAUACUAAUAUUCAAAUGAUUCAUUAACUUAGUAUUUGAAAAUAGAAGUUAGAAAAUAGAGUUUGUCAGAAUUUUCAAUGAUAGAUUGUAAUAAUUAAAGUACGAGUCAUAAUCCUCGCUAAUUUUCGUCGAUAAUUCGAUAAAACCGACAUUUCAUAUAUAUCAACAUAAUAUUUAGAACUAAUGUUUAUAAACUGAACAACAAUAAAUAAAUCAAAAAUAUAUAUAAAUCUCGAAAUUUUUGUGAUAUUGUAUUUUAUAAUGAUCUACAGGAAAUAUUAACAGUUUGGAUCGUUUAACUUUGUAUACGUAUUUAUAUCUUUUAAUAUGUAGUACUAGAGAAAUAUUACACAAAAAUUUGUAACUUUACAAUCAUUCGCCCCAAAACAUAUUAACGUCACAUUAUAAAUGUACUUGAUUAGUAAAAGUCGUUUGGAAUUGAAGGAUUAAUGAUGAACAUGGUGCUUGAUCAAAACACAAAUAUUGUGAUUUACUUUGUAAAUUUUCAUCGAAAAAGUGAUAAUGUUACUAUUAUGAUGAAAUAUUAAAAGCUAAUAAACUAACUUUAUAUUUAAAACCAAAAACUACUUUAACACGUGAAUUCUAAAAAUAAACUAUAAAUCAUUACUUGGAAACAUUAGUAACACGAAAUCAUCAAUAUUUUUAUAAAAAUGACACUAGAAAUUUAAAUACUAUAUACUUCAU